UUUGAUUUGUUAAUUUAUGUGCCUAAAUGUUUUCCGCUGAAUUGGUGGAAAUUGUGUUCUACACAAUUUCCAGGAAUUCAGUGGCGAACUUUUCUUAAAUUCGUCAGACAAAAACAUUAUGCAUUUACAGUACAAUUAACUGGAAGAACCUUUGUUGUUCCUAGAAUUAUUAAUUCAUCCCCGACACUAGUUCACUUAGAGACGUAACAUUAUCUAUGGUAGACGCGACGAUAACAUGUCAACAAUAAUGUCGAAAUAACCAGUCAAGCAAAAUAUAAACCUGACCCAAACCGUUCGUGCACAAUCGGCAUUAGUUAAUGUUUUUGUAUAAAGCUCUGACUAAAUCAAACCAACAUCAACCGCUCGAAAAGUGACAAGUAGUUGUGCAACUGUCAACGUCACCCUUUACUGAGCAGGCAGAGAUGAUGUUGAGAUGUAAUUUCACUAGAUCUUUGAUUGUUUGUGAGCAAAUGUUGCCACUAUUGCAUUCCCAUGCCAGAUUAUCAGUCCAGCAUCAGUUGUUAAUGUUUGGUCUCUGUCCCCGACUGUGAAAACCCUUAAGCUGUAUGUCAAUCAUUAUAAGAAUAUGUCUUUCAAAGCUGGUCAGUGGCUUGAUCUGAUGAUCCCAAAGAUCAGUAGAAUAGGUGGCUACUCUAUGGUCAGCAGUCCAGUCAGUUUUGAGAAGGAUGGAAUUCUGCAGCUGGCUGUUAAAUUUAGUGACCAUGCUCCCACGUAUUGGGUUCACACGCAAUGUGCUGUUGGCAAUGCAGUUUCCAUCUCCUUUGGUGGUGAGGUUUUCUAUGACCCCAAACCAGAAGACUCAAGCCAAGAUUUGCUUCUAAUUGGUGGAGGAAUUGGAAUCAAUCCGCUUUUCAGUAUCAUGAAUCGAGUUGCAGACUUCAACUUAGCAAAGCAAUCUACUGAAAAUUCUUCAGGUUAUCAACCAGGAAACACUCUUCUUUUGUAUUCCUCAAGUAUUGCAUCAGAACUUUUAUUUAAGGAUGAUUUAGAUUUGCUACAGAAGAAACAUGACAACAUUCACUGCCGUUAUUUUGUGACCCAAGAGGAAUCUAAAACUGAUGCCAUUGCUGCUCAUCGAAUGACCACUGCUGAUAUCGAAGAAGCAUUCAAAUUGAUUGAUAAGAAAAACUGCCAAGUAUAUAUUUGUGGUCCUGUCAGCUUGAUUGAUGACAUGGAGGAAAUUCUGAUUAAUUUGGAGGUUGACUCAGAUCAUAUUCAAAUUGAAAGGUGGUGGUAGAACUGUGGUUGUCAGAGUUUAUUGAUUCUUAUACCCCUACUAUAGUUCAUGAAACUGUAUAUUUUUGUUGCUCAUAUAAAGAUAUUGUGUGAUCAUAGACAUAAAUGAUAUUUUUUA